UGGGUGCCCGCCCUCCGCUGCUGUCCGACCCUGAGCCGUCUGCGAGCUCCUAAUUGUUGCGCCAGGUUCUUUCAGGUCUGCGUGACUGUUGUUCUCAGCACUCGGCUAGCCUGGAAAAGGAGGAGGAAGCUAUCCAGAAAAUCCCGCAGGACAGGAAAAGGAGGGGACAUCUUAACAUGGAAAAACUCUGCAAUGAAAAUGAAGCAGUGCCUGAGAAGCAAGUAAAGAUGGAAAACCAAGAACAGCCACAGGAUGCGGGAAAGCCAGCAAUAGCUGGUACUCUGGAAGACAAGAAGUUAGAAAAUGAGGAAAAGAUAGAAAACAAGGGAAAGACAGAAGAAGAGGAAAUACUUAAAGAUAAGGAAGAGCCAGAGGAGGGAAAGCCAAAAGAAGAGGAAAAGCUAGAGAGCGAGGGAAAGCCAGAGAGCCAGAAAAAACCAAAAGAAGGAGGAGAACCAGAGAAUGAGGGAAAGCCAAAAGAAGGAAACCCAGUGAGCGAGGGAAAGCCAAAAGAAGAAGGAAAACCAGCCAGCGAACCAAGGGCUGCAGGAAAGCGCCCAGCUGGGGAUGAUGUACCCAGGAAAGCCAAAAGAAAAACCAACAAAGGGCUGGCUCAGUGCCUCAAGGAGUACAAGGAAGCCAUUCAUGAUAUGCAUUUGAGCAAUGAGGAGAUGAUAAGAGAAUUUGACGAGAUGGCUAGGGUAGAGGAUGAGGUGAAGAAAACCAGACAGAAAUUGGGGGGGUUUAUGUGGAUGCAAAAAAGUUUACAGGACCCCUUCCACCUGAGGGGCCCAAGGGAACUCAGGGGUGGCUGCAGGGCCCCACAGAGGGGCUUUGAAGACAUUCCUUUUGUGUAGUGUUCCGGCAGGCAUUUGCCAGGCCCUGGGCUUUAACCUUAUGCUAAUACUCUGCUUUAGGUUUCACUCUCAUUAUCCAGCUGCAGCCCUCUGUUUCAGUAGCAGAUUUUCAUCCAUUGCAUGGAAAAAUGUCUAUGGUGCAUUGUAAAAUUAAAAAAAAAAAAGUUU